AUGUAUUCGAUAUGGACAAAGACAGUUUUACCAUUUUACCGAGCCGCUGCCAAAACUCAAAGUCACCUAUUAGCCUGUUAUCGUGAGCUCGCUCAAGAAGUUGCUGUAGAAUCAAAAUUCGACUUGUAUCGUCUGGAACAAGGACCAUCUGAACGGUCAGUUGUGAAGAAGGAGGAAGCCAUAUAUGCCCUGAAGAUGAUGAACUACAUACGUCGAAUGGAGAACAGAGCCGCGGACAUAUACCGUUUGCGGCUCAUCAACGGCUUCCUGCACUUAUACGCUGGUCAGGAAGCCGUGGCUGUUGGCAUAAAGAUGGCUAUGGAUAAAGAGGAUACCCUUAUCACGGCGUACAGGUGUCACGGUUUUACCGCGGUGUUCGAUACGCCCGCUCGCGCGAUUUUCGCAGAACUUAUGGGUCGCAAAACCGGCGCUUCGAAAGGCAAGGGUGGCUCCAUGCAUAUGUAUGCACCACGCUUUUACGGCGGCGAUGGCAUCGUUGGUGGACAGGUACCGAUCGGCACUGGCAUGGCUUUGGCGCACAAAUACAACAGCAAAGGUGCUGUGGCCUUCACAUUGUACGGAGAUGGCGCGGCAUCGCAGGGUCAGAUCUACGAGGCCUGGAACAUGGCGAAGUUGUGGAAUCUACCCGUGGUUUACAUAUGCGAGAACAACAAAUACGGCAUGGGUACAGCCGUGCAUCGGCAUUCUGCCAACACGCAGCUUUAUACACGUGGAGACCUCAUACCGGGAAUAAAAACAGACGGAAUGAAGGUCGUGGAUGUACGAAAUGCCAUACGCUUCAGCCGCGAAUACGCGCUACGUAAGGGACCAAUUGUGAUCGAGGUUGCAACUUAUCGUUUCUUCGGACACAGCAUGAGCGAUCCGGGUGUAGGAUACCGUACCAGAGAAGAAGUCAAGUAUAUGCAAACCGAGCAAGAUCCAAUCACAACGUUCAGCCAACUGGUUAUACAGAAGAAACUCAUGACAGAGAAAGAGACCCAGGACAUACGAGAGGCGGUUUACAAACAGGUUGACCAAGAACUGGAGCAAGCGAAGGCUGAUGCAUGGCCGGAAAUGUCAGAAAUUUCGACGGAUGUUUACGUGAAACCUAUGGAGAAGGUGCGCGGAAAAGCUCCUUGGGAAACAUUCUAA